UCUCUCUCUUAAACACACGCACACACACACACACACUCUUGUGCUCUCGCUCAGGCUCCAGCACACGCAGACGGAGAGGGAGAGGGGGGACGAUCGGGAUGCACGCAUGUGAGGAUCUCCUGAACUGCCGGGGCAAGGCAGGACAUUUAAAGAGCGAAGAAGAGGAGGGGUAGAAAUAGAGGAAUACUGCAGUGACCGGCCAGCUUCUCUCUCUCUCUCUCUCUCUCCCUCUCGCUGCUUUCAUCACCCCCUUCUUCUUCAUCCCCUUCUCUGCCCCUUUGCCAAUUACACCAUGAACCUGCCUGCUGCUUGUUGCUGAGGGACGAGGCGUCGUUUUGCUCCUGAGGAACCUUCAGUGGCGAAGGCCGGAGGUCGGCGUAGGAAUUAAUUCCCCUCAGAGGGGGAGGGAGGGGAGACGGGGACGUGGUCGUGAACAUGGCGGAGGGGUCCAGGGACCAGGCAGGAGUGGGCGCCACUGAUUCAGAGGAGGACUCCCCCAAUAUGAUCGUCUACAGGAAGAUCGAAGGCAUCGUCACAAGAAUACAAGAUGAGAAGGCCGGAGGUGUGGCCAUCCGCACGGUCAAAAGCUUCCUCUCCAAGAUCCCCAGUGUGGUGUCAGGGGCGGACAUCGUUCAGUGGCUGAUGAAGAACCUCUCCAUCGAGGACCCAGCUGAGGCCAUCCACCUGGGGAGUCUCGUCGCCGCCCACGGCUACAUCUUCCCCAUCUCUGACCACGUCCUGACGCUUAAGGACGACGGGACCCUCUAUCGCUUUCAGUCUCCGUACUUCUGGCCUUCAAACUGUUGGGAGCCCGAGAACACCGACUACGCCAUUUACCUGUGCAAGCGCACCAUGCAGAAUAAGGCCAGGCUGGAGCUGGCUGACUAUGAGGCUGAGAACCUCGCCCGGCUGCAGAGGGCUUUUGCCCGUAAGUGGGAGUUUAUCUUCAUGCAAGCCGAGGCCCAAGUCAAGAUCGACAGGAAGAAGGACAAGGCAGAUAGAAAGAUCCUGGACAGCCAGGAGAGGGCCUUCUGGGACGUCCAUCGACCGGUGCCGGGCUGUGUCAACACCACGGAGAUGGACAUCCGCAAGUGCCGGAGAGAACGGAACCCCCACCGGGUGAAAAAGUCGGUCUACGGGGUCACAGACGACGGCCAGAGCCAGCCGAGCCCCGUCCACGUCAGCUCCCAGCCGGCGAGGAAGGCCACCAGAGAGGACGUUCAGAAGGAGAUCACCUUCUUGAACAUCCAGCUGGACAGACACUGCAUGAAGGUUUCCAAAGUGGCCGACAGUCUGAUGAGCUACACGGAGCAAUUCAUGGAGUACGACCCCUUCGUGUCGGCCCCCGAGCCCUCCAACCCCUGGGUCAGCGACGACGCUUCCUUCUGGGACUUGGAGGCCAGUCGAGACCCCAGCCAGCAGCGCGUGAAGAAGUGGGGCUUCUCUCUGGAGGAGGCGCUGAAGGAUCCGGCGGGACGAGACCAGUUCCUGAAGUUCCUCGAGUCCGAGUUCAGCUCAGAGAACCUGAGGUUCUGGUUAGCGGUGCAGGAUCUGAAGCGGCGCCCCCUGCAGGACGUGUCCGCCCGCGCGCAGGAGAUCUGGCAGGAGUUCCUGGCCGACGGCGCGCCGAGCUCCAUCAACCUGGACUCGCACAGCUUCGAGCGCACCAGCCAGAACCUCAGGGACCCCGGCAGAUACAGCUACGAGGACGCCCAGGAGCACAUAUUCAAGCUGAUGAAAAGUGACAGCUAUGCACGCUUCUUGCGAUCCAACGCCUACCAAGACCUCCUGUUAGCCAGAAAGAAGGGCAAGUCGCUGACGGGGAAGCGGCUCACGGGCCUGAUGCAGUCGUCCUGACGGAGCCACAGCCGGGACGCUGGUUGGAUCGGCGAGGGCCCUCUCGUUCUCCGCUGCCAGGAUCUGCUGCCGUACUGGUGGUGCGGAUCAACUGAGGGGAAGACACUGCUGACCCGGGGGGGGGGGGGGAGGAGCCUGAGUCGACCCACCGCGCAGAAUAAGCACAUUCGAGACGAGGGCCGCCCUCUUUCAUCCCCUCGUCAGCCAACUAGCUGUUAACGUUUAUAUCGUUUCUCAUUUUGUUUACGUGUUGACUGGAUAUUAAAAGCACAUACGUGGUGUAAUAUUCUUUGAUACAUUUAACAGCUGGUGGCCGCGGGAUUUGCAAAGAGUUGAGACUUGUUUUCCCAAACAGCCGGAGGCCAAGGAGGUCAAAAGGUCACCUCAACACAGACUCAAACCUACAGUGUUUCUCUGUACUCUCGAGGCAGCCUGCAAUACAGAACCUGAGAGGCCACCUUUUUUGGGGACAUAUAUCCUUUUUAUAACCUUUUACGUUUCUAUUAUAUCUGUUCAUUAUAAAGCACAUGAAAUGUCAUUUAAAUAGUUUUUGCAGUGAUCAGAAAUAUAACAUCUACAAUAGACUUUGAAGAUAUAACUCCAGUGGAAAUAACGUUCCAUGCUUCAUUACAUUCCGAAAUCUGGCAUAAGGGCUUAAUGUAGCAUUUGCACUGUUCAUGUGUCUUUGUCGAGGAUUCGUUGUUUGUACAACAGUGCUUCGUAACGACACUUAUGGAAGAGAUUUAAUCCAGUUAGUUAAACAAAACGUUCCCGCUUCAAGUUCCAAACAGGCUUUGGGUUUCAGGCUGCACAGGCAAAUAAACACGGAGAGUCUGUGUGAAUCACAUCGAUUUGAGCUUUCCUUUAGUCCACCAGUGCACACAUGCGCAACAGCAUCCACCUGCUAGUCGGGCUCACGCCAGUAGAGUCUCCAGUGCCAUGGGUCCAUCUAGUGGUGGUUACACCACAGGACCAGUAAAGACCAGUAUGAAACCGUGUGCAUUGACAGACUCCCAGUUGGUCUCCGAUCACGGAUGUAGUUUAAAACAUGGGAUCUUCAAUGUUUUGUUGCUUUUUUUUCUCUUUUUUUUUACUGCAUGAACAUCAUUUGUCUAGUCAGAACAAUGGAACCCGCCCACACCUGUGGGGCACCAUGUGUGCUGUGACAUGCUAAUAGUUGUCAUGCGGUGGGGGUGUGGGGGGGCAAAAUGGAGGAAGGAGGUUGGACUCUUCAAAGACAGCACACGGAGCGAGGAACCCCCCCCCCCCGUCCCCCCCCCCACGAGGCCAGUGGCUGCUGCAGUGACAGACGACACCGCUGAAUGAGUGCAUCACGUACUGUUUUCUAUUAGUGACUAUUUACCAAAUGUUAUUCUCGGCACAAACACAAUGAGCACCGACACUCGGUGCGUCGUAGAUUGACUUUAUUUCCUUAUCCAAAAGCACACUUUCUUGUAAUAUGGGCACAUUACUAUGCAUGUAACAUGUUCAGGGCAUUUUGUGCUUUCAGUUUCUCAGUCAGGAGGACGACUACUGACACUUCAACAACACUCGAGCACCUGCCAUCUAUUCAUGGGUACCAAAUAAUAAAAAGAAGCUCUGGACCUGUC